UCUCUUUGAGUUUCACUGCUGUUAUCUCGCACGAGUAACGUUCUCGGAUGAUCAUUCAACAACUUUAUUUGCAUUCGAAUUACACGUACUACGUUUUUUAGUUCUUUCAUUUCUCAACAAUCCUUUGACUGCAUAAAAUUUAUACGUUGUUUAAUAUCAAUUAGUGUACAGAAAAUAAUCGUCACGAGAAUGUUCAAAAACCAAGGUUCUUCAGGUUGCAGCGGUCCUGGUUAUAAAUCACCAAAAGCAGCUAUACUCGAAGGACCGCGUGAGAAACUCAUGUAUGUUGUCUGUGUUCAUACGGAUUCAAAUAAAUCUGAUGUCCUGUGCACUGUUGACAUAGAUCCCACUAGUGAUGAUUACUGCAAGAUCAUUCACAAGUUGCGAAUGCCCUAUGUUGGUGAUGAACUUCAUCAUUCUGGUUGGAAUAUUUGUAGCAGUUGUCAUGGUCAAUCACAAAAACGAAAUACUUUAGUGCUUCCAUGCCUAAUGUCCGAUCGUGUUUAUUUUAUUGAUACAACCAAUGAACGUGCUCCAUCAAUGAAAAAGGUAUUGAAUUCGACGGAGAUAAAUCAAUAUGGAGUAUCAACUUUGCAUACAAGUCAUUGCUCGCCAAACAGAGAAAUUUUAAUUUCUACAUUAGGUAAACCAAAUGGAGAUGCUAUGGGUGAAUUUCUUUGCAUCGAUGCUGAAACACUCAAAGUCAAAGGCACAUGGUCCACAGGAACAAAAAGAGCAAUGUUCGGUUAUGAUUUCUGGUAUCAACCAUACCACGAUGUACUUGUAGCAACUGAAUGGGGUGUACCUAGAAUUUUCAAAAGGGGCUAUGCUAUAACUGAUAGCUACGAUCCUGCAAUUUAUGGCAGAAGCUUAAAUUUUUAUUCGUGGAAUAAAAGAGAGUUAAAGCAAGUGUUAAAUUUGGGUGAAGAUGGUAUCGCCCCACUUGAAAUACGAUUUCUUCAUGAUCCAAAAGCUAGUGAGGGAUUUGUCGGAUGUGCAGUCACAUCGAAUGUAUAUAAGUUUUAUAAAACAUCGAAUGCUGAGUGGAUUGCGAAGAAAGUUAUUCAAAUUCCUCCCAAACAAGUAGAGGGAUGGAUCGCUCCACAAAUGUCAGGAAUGAUCACAGAUAUCUUGAUCAGUCUCGAUGACAAGUACCUCUACUUAUCAAACUGGCUUCACGGAGAUGUUAGACAGUAUGAUAUUUCUGACACAGAAAAUGCAAAAUUAACUGGUCAAAUUUUUCUUGGUGGCUCGAUCUUACGGGACUCCAAAAUUCGCGUAAUUCGAGAUGUAGAACUUGCUAAUCAACCCAAUCCAAUUUACGUUAAAGGCCGUCGUCUUUAUGGAUCUCCUCAAAUGCUUCAAUUAAGCCUUGAUGGAACACGCCUUUAUGUGACAACUUCUAUUUUUAAACCAUGGGACCAACAAUUUUAUCCUGAACAUGUCAAGUAUGGUUCGACCAUGAUCAAGUUGGAUGUUGAUGUUAUAAAUGGUGGUUUAAAACUAGAUGAAGAAUUUUUGGUAGAUUUUGGUAAAGAGAAAAAUGACAUUUUACUGGCACAUGAAAUGCGGUAUCCAGGAGGUGAUUGUACAUCAGACAUAUGGUUAUCGGUUGAUUAAUUUGUUCACUGAUUCACGUUAUAUUUUUUACUA